UUUUCAGAUCCAUCAGAGUAUUAGCUGUAGUAUAAUGCCUGCUACAGCUUUAGGAAGUCAAUGUUGUUGUGAAAGAACCUGCCCUUCAAUUCAACACCAUCAAAAUAAUAUCCCAACUAUGGUAUCUUCCACUGCCCAAACUUCAGCUUUAGUUCAUAUGGCCCCAACUACAAAUUCUUCUUUACAACAAUCGCGGCCAAAUUCAUCUGCCUCUACUGCUACAAGUUCUGGUUUAGAGGCCAUUCAUCAUUCACCUCAUCAUCAACAUCAAAUGAAUUUUGGGGGAGAAAUGUGUCAAAUGAAUUUCAAACAUGAACCAACUUUCAACGAAUGGCCAUCAUUUCAACCUGCUCCAAUAUUUUUACCUCCUGCUCAAUCCCACUCUGUUGGGCCUACUAGUCUUAAUCACCCAGAUAAUUAUUUUGAUGGUGCCAAAGAAAGGCGUUCGACCUUUUCGGUUGUUUCAUCCAUAAACGACGGGAAUGCCUUAAAACAGAGACCGGCAUCUUUGAGUGGUCUUCUCUGUGUUGGAAGAACUCGAACUGCUCGUUUAGAUGAAGAAAUGGAGGAAAUUGGAAGGGAAGAUGUUGACGUUGGUCAAAGAAAUAGUAAAACACCUAUACAAGAACGGCCACAUCAAUGCCCUAUUGAAAAUUGUGAUAAACGAUUUUCACGUUCUGAUGAACUUACUCGACAUAUUAGAAUACAUACGGGACAAAAACCUUUUCAGUGUAAAAUUUGUAUGCGGGCAUUCUCCCGGUCUGAUCAUUUAACAACACAUGUCCGUACCCACACAGGUGAAAAGCCUUUUUGUUGUGAGAUUUGUGGACGCAAAUUUGCUCGUUCUGAUGAACGGAAGCGUCACACAAAAGUUCAUAGUAAACAGAAAGGUGUUGGAGGGAGAAGACUUUCUGUUUCUUCUGGUGGAAGUGAGGGUGUUGGUGGACAUUUAGUUGGGGAAUUGUAAACUUUGAUUGUAUGGAAUAAAUUUGUUUUUAAUUGAGAAAAAUUGUUUUUUUUUUUGAAUUGUUGGAUAGAUUUUUAAGGAUUGUGUAAAGUUAAUUGUUUGUUUGUUUUUAAACAAUUUAUAUAUUUCUUUUCUUU